GUUCAUCAGGCUACCCCUCUCUUUGCCUUUCCCACUCUUCCCUUAGCCUGUCCUUAUAUCGUGACUCUCUGCGUUUCAUUUCUGCUCUCCUUUCCUGGCCAUCUCUUCUUUACUGCAGUUGUCUGACACUCUACCCUCUGCCUCAUUUACUGGAGUUCUUGGCAAGUUUGGAAUUAGGAGCAAGCCCCGAAUACCUAGAGCUCUCCCUACACAAAGCCCAGCAUGGCAUCUGGCGUGACAGUAAAUGAUGAAGUUAUCAAAGUUUUCAAUCAGAUGAAGGUGAGAAAAGCUCAGUCUCCUGAAGAGAUAAAGAAAAGGAAGAAGGCUGUACUGUUUUGUCUGAGCCCUGAUAAGAAGGAAAUAAUUGUGGAGGAGGCCAAGCAAAUCUUGGUGGGAGACGUUGGAAACACAGUUGAGGACCCUUACAGGACCUUUGUCAAUCUUCUACCACUUGACGACUGUCGAUAUGGACUGUAUGAUGCUACUUAUGAGACCAAGGAGUCCAAGAAAGAGGAUCUCGUCUUCAUUUUCUGGGCACCUGACAAUGCACCUCUAAAAAGCAAGAUGAUUUAUGCCAGUUCAAAAGAUGCAAUUAAGAAGAAGUUCACAGGUAUCAAACACGAGUGGCAAGUGAAUGGCAUGGAUGAUAUUAAAGACCGAUCCAACCUGGCAGAUAAACUAGGAGGGAACGUGGUUACUUCAUUGGAAGGAGUUCCAUUAAAAUGAAGGAAAUUCUUGUAUUUUGGAAGCUUACAAUAUUUAAGUAGCAGUUCCUGUUAUGACUAUAGGAAGUUUUUUUUUUAAUUUAUUGAUUUUCUUUUCAAUUUCCUUUUACCUCUAUGAACUGAAUAAACCAUUUUGGUGCUUGAGAGAUGAAGUGAAGAACUAACAAAAGUACAACCAUAGUCAAACUUAAUGGAAAAGCAUUAAGGGUUUGUUCAUACAGCCUUGGAAUUGAUCCUGGCAAAGGAUAGCGCUUUCAGUUAAUUUGGAUGUCUUUAUACUUUUCUUUAAAAAAAAACAAAAACAGAAGCUAAAAAUGAGCUGUAAAAUGCAAGUGUAAAUUAAGCCUAAUGUAUGAUUUAAAUUAGGAUCCUCUGCCUUAAGCCAGUCACAGCCGAGCGAGUUCAGUGCGAGAAACUCGCAGCGUGUCAGUGCGAGUUGCCGUUUUGAACUCUGCUCCUCCGACAAGAUCGCACAGCAUUAUACUGAUUUUUAUAAUGCUGUGUGAUUCUGAGAGACUUGGAAUAUACUGAAUUACACUAACAGCAUUAUGUCAGUGUUAAUUCAAUAGAUUUCAGGUCUCGCAGGGUCACACAGCAUUAUAAAUCAUUAUAAUGCUGUUCAAUCCUGUCAGAGGAGCGAGGCCAGAACGAGAAAUCGCAUGGAUACACGCAGCGAGUUUCUCGCACUGAACUCACUCGUCUGUGACUGGUCUUAAACUUAAUGUACUUUUUUAACAGCAUGUCGUUUCUAGG